AUGACUUACAAUGUCGCAAGAACGAGAUCUCAAAAGAAACCAUCAACAGCUAGCCGUGGUAUCCGAUCACUGAGCCUAGCCAUUGUGGUCCCCGUGGGUCUCACCCUAACAACCAUCAUAUGGUUUGGAGAGAGCAACACCUACAAGAACCUAACCCGACCCUUCUGGAUCCCUCCCUUGUGGGCCAUACACCUAACCUCUGUGUCAACGGCUUUCUUAAUGGGGUUAUCGGCUUGGCUCGUGUGGGCCGAGAGCGGGUUUCACCGCAAACCCAUGGCUAUGGUUAUGUACUUGGCUCAGCUCGGGCUUGGCUUGGCUUGGAACAAGAUCUUUUUCAAAACGGGCCCCACUCAAAUGGGCUUAGCCAUGAGUUUGGGCCAAUUGGUUACCAUUUUAAUUUGUUCACAAAUGUUUAGCCGGAUAAAUCCAAUAGCCGGUGACAUAGUGAAGCUUUGUUUGGUUUGGACCGGGUUUUUAACGUCUGUAAAUCUAUAUUAUGUACUUUAG